GCCCGUUUAGCAUGUAAGACGCCGUGGCUAUGCAUUCUGGAGCUUCGAGCCACAAUGAGUUUGGAGCGGCCCAAAUCACGCAAUCUCCGAAACUGAGACCAGAGCUUCGAACUGCAAUCGUGAUGGAGCGGCCAAAGCACGUCAUCAGAACUUACAUAAAUUACAAGGCGUAUACUCCUUUUCCCACCAGCCCAUGGCCACCGACGAGCGUUCUAUUUCCAGUCGCGGCAAGGAGGAGGAGGCGACUGAAGAUGUGUACAACGAGAGUACUAUUGACCCGAUAUAUCAACGCAAGGCCCAUAUUCUCAACGAUGCGAUUCAGGGUAUUGGAAUGGGAAAAUACCAGUGGGCUCUGUUCGUCGUGACUGGAUUUGGCUGGCUCGCGGACAAUCUAUGGCCGAUCGUAACCGGGCUCAUCCUGCCAGCGGUCGUACAAGAGUUCGAGUUUCAAGGGCCGUUCCUCAAGCUCGGACAGAAUAUCGGUCUUCUUGUCGGCGCAGUGUUCUGGGGCGUAGGUUCGGAUAUUUGGGGACGCAGAAUUUCCUUCAAUAUAACCUUGCUUAUCACAGGUGUCUUUGCACUUGCAGCGGGGGGUUCACCAAAUUACAUCGCCUUGUCGUCAUUUGCUGCAGUAUGGUCCAUUGGCGUUGGAGGUAAUCUCCCUGUCGAUUCCGCCAUAUUCUUGGAAUUUCUUCCAAAGUCUCAUCAGUAUCUCCUUACCGUCCUUUCCAUAUGGUGGGCGUUUGGUCAGCUGCUCGGAAGCUUGGUCGCCUGGCCUCUGAUCGGUAACUAUUCUUGCGACACGAACCAAGUCCCCUGUCCGCACUCCGCAAACCAAGGAUGGCGCUAUUUCCUAUUCGCGAUGGGAGGAUUGAUGAUGUUGCUUUGGGGAGUCCGAUUUUUCGUCUUCAAGCUUUACGAAAGUCCCAAGUACCUAAUGGGCCGGGGAAGAGACGCCGAGGCUGUGGAGGCUGUGCAUAAGGUCGCCAGGUAUAACGGGAAAGAAAGCAAUUUGACGAUUGAAGAUCUGAGAAAGGCGGGCGAUGAGAAGGAGAAUCCAGAUGUGGAGCCGGUGGUUAUGGAUACUUCUGUGAAAGCAGCUGUUCGGAGGAACUUGAGUGAGCUCAGCGGGGAUCAUGUUCGCCCGUUAUUUGCCAAUGCGAAAUUGGCCUGGUCGACUAGUCUGAUCAUUACCUUGUGGGCACUAAUUGGACUUGCCUUUCCCCUGUAUAACGCCUUUGUGACUUACUAUUUGUCCACCCGAGGCGCCGAUUUCGGUGAUGGCUCCGUGUACAUCACCUAUCGCAACGCAAGUACCCCCUUUCCCUUCUCCCUCGGUUCUUUACAAACAAUCUUAAGCGUCAUCGGAGUACCUGGGGCACUGCUGGCGGGAUACCUCGUCGAUCUCCCCCUUCUAGGCCGUCGUGGUACACUGGCAAUAUCAACAGUCCUCACUGGGGUGUUCAUCCUCGCGUCGACCACUGCACGGACCUCUGAUGCCCUGCUCGGCUGGAACUGCGCGUAUAGUUUCACGAGUAACGUCAUGUAUGGCGUCCUGUAUGCCCUCACGCCCGAGCUGUUCCCCACCAAAGAUCGCGGGACGGGGAACGCGCUCGCCGCUGCGGCCAAUAGGGUCUUUGGCGUGAUGGCCCCGAUAAUCGCUUUGUAUGGGAACUUGACGACGUCGGUGCCGAUGUUUGUUUCGGGGGCGCUGUUUUUGGUGGCGGGGGCGAUAUCGCUGCUGUUGCCGUUUGAGUCGAGGGGAAGGGCCGCCCUGUAAGCUAGGCGUACGAGGUAUUCUUGCU